AUGAUUGAAUCUAUCAACACUCCUCAAGUUAAAAAAUCGAUUUUAAAAGCUUUCCUCGAUGAAUCUCACAUUAAUCCACACUCUUUAGAAAGAUUAAUAAUAACUACUACGAUUCAAUCGAUUAUUGAUCAAACACAAUCAUCCAACACUAUCUACCACUACCCACCAACUAAAUCAACCACAUCAAUACCAAAACCAAACCAAUCCUCAUCAGCACCUACCACAACAUUAUCAUCACAAUUCAUCAGUCAUCUUCAAUUUUAUUUUAUAUCUAUAUGUUUACAUAAAAUAACCACCCCACCAUUCAUAAUAACAUCAAGUAAUACAAAAACAAUGUUUAAUAUAAAUCCAUAUAAAAAAAAAUCUUUAUCGCCUUUUACAUCGAGUUCCUCAUCAUCAAAGGAUAAAAAGAAAAAGAAGGAAGAGAAAAUAUCAUCAUCACCAUCGUCAGCCACUUCAACACCAAACAUCAGAGGCGGAGAAAACAGUUUGUCGUUGACUUCCAUCUCUGAGAUUACGAAUUCACUUUCCAACACACACACUCAUACAGAUACUUCAAACACCAACGAGGAAGUUAGUGAGCAAGGCGAUGACUACGAUCCAUUCCUUUCGAUCCUCGAAGAGCCAAUCGAGGAGGGUGGCAUCGAGAAAGAGACCACCGAGGAGCUACAAGAGAUGCUGGCCGUGCUCAAAGGUGUACAGAACGAGUGUAACGUGCUGCUGUUGGGACGUACCGGUGUCGGAAAGUCAUCCACCCUCAACACAGUGUUUGGCAUCGAUAUUCCAGUGCACUCCAGUGAGUCUUGUACCCAAGAGCCUUUUACAUACAGUCGCAACGUCAAUGGAUUCAAGCUGAAUAUCAUCGAUACACCAGGAUUUCUCGAUAGUCAGGGUGACGCAGUGGACGCCGCCAACAUGUUGAAAAUACAAAAAUAUCUAUCGGGCAAAACAAUUCACUGCGUUUUGUUUGUUGAGAAAUUCACAGAGACGCGUUUCGACGGUGCACAUCAACUGGUCAUCAAUCAAUUCACAGAGAAGCUAGGACCACAGCUGUGGCGUAAUGCCGCCGUCGUCCUUACCUACGCCAAUUCAGUUUUGCCAGAUUCAUGCUACGACGGAUUCGACGAGGAAGACGAAAUCGGUCCAUGGAAAAAGCACUUGGAGUCGCGUAGUCAGCAGUUUAAAAAAUUCUUUUCCGACAUUUUCUCAAAGUUGCCACAAGACGAUUUCCCACCAAAGAAUAUUGCAGUGUACGCCAUGGAGAACUCAAGACGUUGUCGUCGUAACGAACAGGGUCAACGUAUACUUAUCGAUGGAACCCCAUGCUUACACCUCUUGAUUAGCGGUCUGCUGCGAAUGGUCGAUCCAAAGACAGCGUUCCUUUUCAUGGGUCAUCUCCGUGCAAAGAACAAACCUGGAAAAACACACAAGGGUGAUCAACUGGAUCGUGAACGUUCCAUCUUUGACAAUCUCGGUGAAAUUCUCAAACUAUUUGUAGUGCCACCAUUUGAUCAACUUGGAAAGGGUCAAGUAGCAAAAAUCCUAGAAAGUUGGGGUAAAAAAUUGGAUAGAUAUGGUAAUCUUCCAAAUUUACUCAAGAUAUAG